AUGGAGGCCGGCGAGACUGAGACAGAUGAGGGGCUACUGUGGAUGCUGGUGGACUGGCUGCCGUUUUCCUUGUCUCCCCGCUUCUCCCAGGGCACCUUCUCUCUGAUCAUCGAAGCUCUGCACACAGAUUCUCCCGACGACCUCGCCACAGAAAACCCCGAGCGGCUCAUCAGCCGGCUGGCCACACAGAGGCACCUGACGGUGGGCGAGGAGUGGUCGCAGGACCUGCACAGCAGCGGCCGUGCUGACCUCAAGUACUCCUAUCGCUUCGUGUGCGACGAGCACUACUACGGGGAGGGCUGCUCAGUCUUCUGCCGCCCGCGGGAUGAUGCCUUCGGCCACUUCACCUGUGGGGAGCGGGGCGAGAAGGUGUGCAACCCUGGCUGGAGGGGCCAGUACUGCACCGAAGCAAUCUGCCUGCCCGGAUGCGAUGAGCAGCACGGGUUUUGUGACAAGCCAGGGGAGUGCAAGUGCCGAGUGGGCUGGCAGGGCCGCUACUGUGACCAGUGCAUUCGGUACCCGGGCUGUCUCCAUGGCACCUGCCAGCAACCCUGGCAGUGCACCUGCCAGGAGGGCUGGGGGGGACUCUUCUGCAACCAGGACCUCAACUACUGCACACACCACAAGCCCUGCAGGAACGGGGCCACCUGCACCAACACGGGCCAGGGGAGCUACACCUGCUCCUGCCGGCCUGGGUACACCGGGGCCACCUGUGAGGACGAGGUGGACGAGUGCGGGCCCAGCCCCUGCAGGAAUGGGGGCAGCUGCACGGAUCUCGAGAACGGCUUCUCCUGCACCUGUGCACCCGGCUUCUAUGGCAGCGUCUGCGAGCUGAGCGCCAUGGCCUGUGCGGACGGGCCUUGCUUCAAUGGGGGGCGCUGCUCCGACAACCCCGAGGGAGGCUACACCUGCCACUGCCCCGCAGGCUUUUCCGGCUUCAACUGCGAGAAGAAGGUGGACGCCUGCAGUUCCUCGCCCUGUGCCAAUGGUGCGCAGUGUGUGGACUUGGGCGACGCCUACAUGUGCCGCUGCCGGGCCGGUUUCUCGGGGCGGCACUGCCAGGACAAUGUGGAUGACUGCGCCUCCUCCCCCUGUGCCCACGGCGGCACCUGCCGGGACGGUGUGAACGAGUUCUCUUGCACCUGCCCGCCCGGCUACAGCGGCAGGAACUGCAGCACGCCCAUCAGCCGGUGUGAGCACGCGCCCUGCCACAACGGCGCCACCUGCCACGAGAGGGCUCGCCGCUACCUGUGCGAGUGCGCCCGGGGCUACGGGGGCCCCAACUGCCAGUUCCUGCUCCCCGAGCUGCCGCCCCCGGCCCCCGAGGAGUACAUGGAGGCUGGGCCCUUCCCCUGGGUAGCCGUCUGCGCGGGCGCGGUCCUGGUGCUCGUGCUGCUGCUGGGCUGUGCGGCCGCAGGGGUCUGCGUGCGGCUGCGGCUGCAGAAGGGCCCGCCCCUGGCCGACCCCUGCCACGGGGAGACGGAGACCAUGAACAACCUGGCCAGCUGCCAGCGGGAGAAGGACGUGUCCGUCAGCAUCAUCGGGGCCACGCAGAUCAAGAACACCAACAAGAAGGUGGACUUCCACGGGGACCACGGCAGCGGCAAGAACGGCCCCAAGGCCCGCUACCCCGGCGUGGACUAUAACCUGGUGCCCGAGCCCAAGGGCGAGGAUGCCGCCUCCAGGGACCCCCACAGCAAGCGUGAUGCCAAGUGCCAGCUGCAGGGCUCUCCUGGGGAGGAGAAGAGCACCCCGACACUCAGGGGUAGGGAUGCAUCUGAAAGAAAAAGGCGGGACUCUGUGUACUCUGCUUCAAAAGACACCAAGUACCAGUCGGUGUUCGUCAUAUCAGAGAAGGACGAGUGUGUCAUAGCCACUGAGAAUUCCAAGGAUCUAUGCCCCAACGGAUGCUGCUGAGAGGGAAAAGGAGGCCUUCGCGACGGCGGUGGGACGAGGCUCCAGAGGUCAGCCAGCGGGGGGCUGCAGGCUCGGGCUGCUCCAGGACGCCUGUUGCACUCUGCUUUUCGUGACGUCUCCAUUGCACUAUGGACAGUUGCUUCUAAGAAAUAUAUAUUUAAAUGAGUGGAUUAAUGACGACAUGAGACGCAUGCACUGCCCGGAGUGUAUAUUUUGGAUUCUUAUGAGCCAGUCUUUCUUGAAUUAGAACCACAAACACUGCCUUUAUCGUCCUUUUUGAUACUAAAAUGUGUUUUUUUUUUCUAGGUGGGAAAAGAUGUGUGUUAUUUUUUGGACUUGUAAAAAUAUUUUUCAUGAUAUCUGUAAAGCUUGAGUAUUUUGUGAUGUUCAUUUUUUUUAUAAUUUAAAUUUUUGGUAAAUAUGUACAAAGGCACUUCGGGUCUAUGUGACUAUAUUUUUUGUAUAUAAAUGUAUUUAUGGAAUAUUGUGCAAAUGUUAUUUGAGUUUUUUACUGUUUUGUUAAUGAAGAAAUUCCUUUUUAAAAUAUUUUUCCAAAAUAAAUAUUAUGAAUGGCG